AUGGCUGUUGCACCUAACAACAAGGCAAUUUUAGAAGUGAUCACAAAUUCAGCAUUAAAGGAUGCCAAAAAAACUUUUGAUGAUUGGGCAAAAACUUAUGAAGAGGUAUGUUGUACUUUUUAGAAAAAUUAAAGAGGCUCUCUUAGGGGGUGUAUGUAUGUCCCUAGUCUGAAUUUUAAAUAUGGUCAUUUCGCAUUUUGAGGCGUAGGCCAUGCCCCCAGGGGUACUGCCAUAUAAUAUGGGCUAUAUAGGUAUGUGCUGUUGUGAAGGGUAUGGUUUUUCAAACAGUUUACUCUAGGAUAGCGUAUAUAAAUCAGAGCAUUUGGGUCUAGAAUAGGGUAUCAUUUUCUAGGAAACUGAUGAGUUGAUUGAAGAUUUUAUCUAGACUAGGGAUUGUGGUAUAGGGUUUUGUUUUGGCUAGACAGUGCUAGUGACCUCAGUAGUUUCUUGAAAACAGCUACUCUAGGAUAGGGGGGAUUUGGGGAGUUUACUCUAGUAUAGGGUAGCAAAAUUCAGCCGAACUAGCUCUGGUACAGGUUAAGGGUUUGAGGGUCCCAGCGGCACAUCCCCACCCAGAAAUUGCUAAAAACCCCCCCCGUGGCCAUGUCCCCGUCAUAAGUAAAGAGACCAUGAAAAGUGGUGUACAAGACUGUAAUGAGGGAAAAUAAACUUAGUAAACAGUCAAUACCUGCUUAACGGGCACCCGCUUAAGACAGACACCUUUUUAUUGUAGACAGUUUGUUUUGUCCCAGGCGAAAGAAAGCCCUUACAUUUUCUCUAAAUUCAACCCUCUUUAAUAAUAUGGACACCCAGUCAACAGAGACACUUUCUAUGGCCUCCUCAGUGUCCCCAUUAAUCAGGGGCACCCAAUGGCUGUUUUCUGUGAAAUAUCUGUUCGGAGAAGCAAAAAUUACCUAGAAUUUUCUAAAGCUUGGGAAGGCUACAAACUUCUAGAUGACCGUUCCAUUCAUGUACAAUUUUCAAAGCUUAUCUAAUAAAUUCCCUACAGUUUUCUGAAGUUUAAUUUUUCCCAUGUCACUCCCAGGUUAAGCUAUUUUUCGUAGAGAAAGGGAACCUAACUUUUUCGGAAUCGAAAAUACGAUGCAGAGAGGAAUCAGAAAAAUUGUCACUUUCGUAAAACUUUAUAUUGCAGCUAAAGUUUUUGGGAAAAUAAUACUGAAGCCGUUGUAAUUUCUAAAAGACUCAAGUUGCCCCAGGAUGACCGAACAGAUAAAAAUUUUUUAGCGCCUCUUAGAAUACAUUUUUACUGAUCUAAAAGUACUCUGGAUAACCUAAAAAGUGUUUUCAAUGCAAUUAGGAGGAAACCGUCGUUGGGUGCCCCUGUAUUAAUGGAAUUUGACUGUAAUAGUGAUGAAGUAGUUUUGCCAUAAUACUGUCUAUACUAUUUUUUUUUUCUUUUAGGAUACACACAAACUUGGUUACAAAGGGCAUGUCCUGUGUGUUGAGGCUUUCAAUAAAGCCAUGCGGUCUAAAGACAUUUUCCCUGAAGCUAACAAGGAUAUCAAAAUCCUUGAUGCUGGGGCCGGCACAGGAAUCAUUGGUGAAAUGCUGGUGCAGCAAGGGUAUAGGAACAUUGAUGCCUUGGACAUUUCUGAAGAAAUGUUGAAUUUAGCGAAACAGAGGAAUGUUUACAAGCGAUAUAUCUGUGCUGCAUUGAGUGACGUCCCCAUUGAUGACAUACAGACUGGCGAGUAUGAUGUAACACUGUGUGCAGGUACUAUAGUCUAUGGACAAGCAAAGCCGAUAGCACUGGAUGAGUGUGUCCGUCAUGUAAGACCAGGUAAUACAAGAAUGUCUCUAUUUGCUUCUUGUCACUAGGGACGUCACAUCCCUAGCGGCAAGGAGUGGGGGAGAUUGCUGUUUUUGUUGGUUAGAGUACAUUAGGCUCUCAACAGGCCAUUCAAAACCUACUGUAGGUAGAGAGGAGAUGGGGGGGGGACAAGAGAGGGGAGAGGGGAGGGGCAGGAAGUGGGGUUGACCUUCACUUGGCUCAGAUCAUGACUAGAAAGAAAAUAGAAAUGGUUUUGUCUCCAGAAGGAACCUAAAAACUGCUAAAUACAUUGACCAAGGUUAACUCCAGUCUUGAAAUUUGCAAAGCAGUUUUGCAGGCCUGGAAAUAGUUUGCAGUCGGCCAUCUCCACUCAUCACGAUCUGCCCCGUGCUUCCCACGGGUUACCAGUUAAAGUGCCCAUCACCUAAAAUUUUUUAUUGUUUUAUCUGAAACUACACCUUAUUAAAAUACUACUUCUGUGAAAAAAUUUUGCGAUUUGAACCAAAGACGAUUUUUUUUAGAAUUUUUCAAAAACGUUCAAAUUUGGCACCAUUUUGGCACACCAUUCGUCUUAGUCUUCUCUCGGAGUAGGACAUCAUAUGACGUACUUUAACGAACACGUGACCUUAUCGACAGGAAAAGAAGGUAUUGUUUCAGAUAAGAAAAUAUAAAAUUUUAGGUGAUGGGCACUUUAAGGGGGUGGAGAAAGCUGAUAUCAUUUCAAACUAACCUGGAAACAGUCUUGAAAAUGAAGAUUUUUUUGUAGUACAAUUUUAUUUACAUGUCAUCUUAUCUGUACCCAAAACAAUUAAUCAAAGAAUGAGAAGUUUCAGAACUCACUGCGUAUGUCAGCACUGUUCCUUUUUUAAACAGUAUGUUUGUAAUGCAUCAUGGAAAAAGUUCUGUUGAUUGAUCAUUUCUGUCAAUCACUAGUUUGAUCACCUUGUCUCUGAAAAAGAAUUUUUUUAUUUAGAAAAAAAGUGUGGAAAAUAUUGCCCAACUUUUUGUCCAGCAUGGUUUUUAAUCUUUUGUUGCUGAUCUUUUCCUAGGUGGUCUAUUUAUUUUUUCCAUACGUGCAGACUCAUUUGAUCCUGUAGAACUUGGUUACCGCACCAAAUUUGAGGAAAUGGAGAAAGCAGGAAGAUGGAGUCUCGUAAACAGAGAGCAGCGAGAACUAUACACCCAUCCCCAUGAUGAGAGCAUUAGGAACUGUUACUUGAUCACUUACAAAGUGCUCAACAACUGA